CCCGAGCCGGUGACCGCGCCCCCCUCACACGCCCCCGGCCCGACGAUGACGCGGCGCCCGGCGCUGCUGCUCCCGCUGCUGCUCCCGCUGCUGCUGCCUCCGCUGGGGGCCCCCCCGCCGGCCGCAGCGGCCCGAGGUCCUCCCCGCGUGGCAGACAAGGUGGUUCCACGGCAGGUGGCCCGGCUGGGCCGCACGGUGCGACUGCAGUGCCCAGUGGAGGGGGACCCGCCGCCCCUGACCAUGUGGGCCAAGGACGGUCGGACCAUUCAUGGCGGUUGGAGCCGCUUCCGAGUGCUGCCCCAGGGGCUGAAGGUGAAGGCCGUGGAGGCAGGGGAUGCAGGCGUAUAUGUGUGCAAGGCCACCAAUGGCUUCGGAAGCCUCAGCCUCAACUACACCCUGGUCGUCGCCGAUGAUGUUCCAGGGAAAGUGAACCCAGGGCCCAGUGGCUCCCCUGGGGGCCAGGAAGAUUCAACUGGCCAGCAGUGGGCACGGCCCCGUUUCACUCAGCCCUCCAAGAUGCGGCGCCGGGUAAUUGCCAGGCCCGUGGGCAGCUCCGUGCGCCUCAAGUGUGUGGCCAGUGGACACCCGCGGCCAGACAUCACGUGGACGAAGGACGACCAGGCCUUGAUGCACGCGGAGGCGGGGGAGCACCGGAAGAAGUGGACACUGAGUCUCAAGAACCUGCGGCCGGAGGACAGUGGCAAGUACACCUGCCGAGUGUCAAACCGGGCGGGCGCCAUCAAUGCCACCUAUAAAGUGGACGUGAUCCAGCGCACGCGCUCCAAGCCCGUGCUGACAGGCACACACCCCGUGAACACGACGGUGGACGUGGGCGGGACCACGUCCUUCCAGUGCAAAGUGCGGAGUGACGUGAAGCCGGUGAUCCAGUGGCUGAAGCGUGUGGAGUACGGCGCCGAGGGCCGGCACAAUGCCACCAUCGACGUGGGCGGCCAGAAGUUCGUGGUACUGCCCACGGGGGAGGUGUGGUCGCGGCCUGAUGGCUCUUACCUCAACAAGCUGCUCAUCGCACGUGCGCGCCAGGACGACGCGGGCAUGUAUAUCUGCCUCGGCGCCAACACCAUGGGCUACAGCUUCCGUAGUGCCUUCCUCACUGUGCUGCCGGACCCCAGGCCUCCGGGCCCACACGUGGCACCCUCAUCGCCGGCCAGCAGCCUGCCCUGGCCUGUGGUCAUCGGCAUCCCAGCCGGCGCUGUCUUCAUCCUGGGCACUGUCCUGCUGUGGCUAUGCCAGGCUCGGAGGAAGCCCUGCACUCCUGCUGCCCCUGGGCACCGCCCACCUGGUGCCACUGCCCGUGACCGUUGUGGGGACAAGGACCUGCCCUCCCUGAGUGCGGCUCCCACUGCGGGGCUGUGUGAGGGGCUUGGGCCCCCAGGCACGGCCCAGCACCUGCUGGGCCCGGGCUCAGUGGCUGCUCCCAAGCUGUACCCUAAGCUGUACGGAGAUGUGCACACGCACACACACACCCACUCGCACACGCACUCGCACGUGGAAGGCAAAAUCCAUCAGCAUGUCCAUUACCAAUGCUGAGUGGGUAUGGGCGAGGGGCCGGGCUGGAGGGAGGGUGGUACACCGACUGGCACCUGAGGGUCCCUGUGCGUACACACCUGACCACAUGGCUAUAGCCACAACACACACACAUGUGCACACAUGUACACAAUGGAAUGCUCGCAUACACUAGAACACACAGAACCCUUGGCAAGGCUCUGCAGUGACACGUAGCUGACAUGUAGGUGACAUGUAGUCACGGGCUAGUUGAUGAAGGAACCUGCGGCCCUGUUGGGGACCACGGCGGCUGCAGUCACACCUGCCCUGUCUGGCCUCGACUGCUGCUUCCCUGGGUGCCCACUCCUGGGGCCGAGUGGGCAGGGAGGACGGGCCUCCUAUUUAUAUUUAAGGAGUAGAGGUGAUCUUGAAGGGGGAGGGCUGGGCUGAGGGGCUUGGGCUCGGGGGUCCAGGGCUGGCCUGGCUUCAAGACCCAGCCCCCAGCAGCUCUGGGCUUCCCUGCUGAAGCCGCAUACAUUUAAUUUAUUUUGUUUAAACAAGGCAGUGUGUGUCU